AUGAAUAUCGAACACACGGACUGGGAUUCGGUCCUUCAGUUUGUUUCAGAACCCCUUGAACUGGACUUUAUGACCAUGCCAGAAAAGCCUGUAUCUGAGCAGGCGUCGUUGAUCAUUAACCAAGUCCCCACCCCACCGGAAUCUUUUGCUGGCUCACCUGUCGAUCAAUCCCCCGAAGAAAACACUCUUGUAUCCGUGUCCACAACAUUUUUUCCAGGAGCUCAGAAUAAUUCUUUACCGUCUGACCUGGUCAUCCUGUCCUCCGACUCCGUAUUUUUCUAUGUGCAUAUGCACGUCUUGCUGGGGGCAUCCGACAAUGGCUACAAUUCUCUAUUACCGCCUUCCCCUAAAUGCAAGAAUGCUCACAUAGGCCCUGUUAUCACCGUCCCAGAAUCGUCCAUCGUUCUCAACGUACUCUUACACACCAUUUACGAUAUGUCGUGCUCACACUAUUCGCCCUCGUUCGAAGCUCUGAUAUCAGCAGUCACAGCUUUAAAAACUUACGGUAUCUCCCUUCAAAGUCGUAUCGCACCCUCUACACCCCUUUACGUGCUCCUCUUAUCGCACGCUCCGCUGUGUCCUUUGGAGCUAUAUGCGCUUGCUGCGACCAAUGACCUAUAUGAUCUUGCUGUGGCAACAUCUUCACAUUUACUGUCAUUUUCGCUUGCAUCUCUCACGGACGAUAUGGCUGAGAACAUCGGCCCGAAAUACCUGAAACGCCUCUUCUUCCUUCAUUUUGGUCGCGCUGACGCUCUCAAGCGCCUUCUUCUGCCACCCCCUCAUCCUCACGCUCCAACGCCAAUAUGUGAUUUCAAUGAUCAGAAAAAGUUAACAAGAGCCUGGGCCUUGGCGUCGGCCUAUCUCGCCUGGGAUGCACGACCAGAUCUAUCUACAAGCACGAUGGAGUCUGCUCUGAGUCCGCUAGGGGAGCAUCUAACGUGUGACCUUUGUCGAAACGCAUUGCAAGAGAGAGUUAAGAAUCUUGUAAUCCAAUGGUCCGUAGUCAAGGUACGACAAAAUUUUGUUCACCAAUUCAUUUGGCUUACUUUAUUUUAG